AUGUCAGACACAUCCUCACACGUCUUUGGUGAGAUCACCAUAGUCCAAGUCCCAUCCCGCAAACCUCGCCGCAACGAACAGCCCCUCUCGGUUAUCAGUCCAGGGCUCAGUGAUGACAGAUCUGGCUAUCACAUGUUCUUUCCCAGUCUCCCACCAACGCCAGGUACGCAAAGAACAAGCCAAACGUAUCUCUUUCCCCAGAGUCCUCUGAUCGUGUUGGUUCCCCGAGAGGUCACCUAUACCCAUCGUCUUCCCCGCAGGUCAAGUGUUGUCUUUUUCGAUCUUCCUGGUACUUUCCAAACCGGCACUGACCUCGUCAGAUACCUCUACGGUCAAUCCGAGCAUAAUGGAGGCGAAAUUGGCGAUGAGUCCACUGUUCGAAAUAGUCUUUCUGUUGGAAUUCAUGUCGCUGGCUUUUUCCCCAAGCGGGGAACGAUAUAUGCCGCGGCCAAGGCGAAUAUUAUGCUUAUACAGAAAUUGUUUGAGCAAGGACGGCUUGUUUUUCGAUAUCCGCUUGUUGCUUCCUAG